ACUUGUUUUUAUUAGUGCAAAUGGCAAUUAAUUUCAACACCUGGCACCACAGAACCUGACAGAUGCAUUGGCAUUAAACAGCUCCAGUCUGGUGGACUUGAGUCCCCGACACUCUUUGCAGGUUGUUACUUUCUAAUAAACUUUGCUAUGUUCUGUAUACCUUAUUUUCCAGUGAGUGAAUGGUUUAAUGGAACUGUGUUCUUGGAACGUACUUGGCCAGAGGCAGAGAAGUGGUUGCUGGUGGCUGUGCUGGGCCUGGAGAUGGCCAUGGGAGUUGUGGGAAAUGCUCUUGUUCUGCUGGUCAAAUUCAAGUGCAGAGGUCAGUUCUGCUGUCGUUACUGGCUCCCUUUCAUCAGUCUCACCUUGUCAGAUUUCGGCUGCUCCCUCCUCAUCAUUUCUGGCUCCCUUUUGGCCAUGCUGACAGGAGGUCAGAGGUCACCGUGGUGUGAGGUUGUCAGCCUGCUGAAGUUUGCCUUCAUCACCUCCUCAAUUGGGAGCAUAGCUAUCCUCUGUGUUCAGCGUCUGAUUGGCAUAGUCACCACAGGAAGUGCUCCCUUUGCUGUCAUGGUGACAGCAUGCUUGGUGUCUUGGGUGACAGGAGUGGUGUUCGGGAGUGUCCCUGUAGUCUACGCCUGGAUCAAGUAUGACCCUGCAGAGAUGCUGUGUGCUGUCUUCUGGGAGAGCAGCUACUCAGACAUGUUGGUCUACAUUCUCUGUGCUUUCUCCAUCUGCAUCUUCCUCCCCUUCCUCCUCAUCUUCUUCUGCUCUUUGCUCAGUGCCUGUGGCUGCCGCUCAAGCUGCAUCAGUGAUGAUGAAGCAGAUCUGUCUGCAGUCACUCCCCUGCUGGUGGCCUCCUACAUGCUCUGCUACACUCCCUUUGUUGUGUCUGAGCUGAUCCUAUUGGGCAGACUGGACCUGUCACCAGCACCUGAUUGGUUAAGGACAUUGUCAUCAGUGAUGUCCUACCUGGACUGUGGUCUGAACCCCCUUAUCUACUGCUCCCAUCAGGACUUCCGGGAAGCUGGCCUGGCCCUGCUGUGGACCAACAGGAAACCAUCAUCAGAGCCUGUCCUCACUGCUAUCACUAAACGUGACCCAUGAACAUGAGGCUGACAUCUGACAUGACUGACAUUGGGAGUGAUUUGGGGUUCAGCAUCUUGCCCAAGGACUCUAUGACAUGCUGGAGCUGGGGAUUGAACCAUCGACUCUCUACCUCCUGAGCCUCAGCUACUGCAGCAAAAUUUGUGUUUAAGUUCACCCUUACAAUUGCAGCCUAUGUAACAUUCAUGUUUGGCCUGUUUAUAAAUGAAUCACACGAAACAGCAUUAUGCAUUAAAUAUUACGUGAAA